ACAGUUUGUCAGUUUGAAACCGUUUGGGAGCGUAAAGUAGCAACAAGUGGAGGAACAGCGCACAAUCACAGCUGCAGAAGACACUAUACGAAGACAUUAUUAUCAUUCAAAAUGAUUUAGUGCUCAACAAGUAUUUACCGUAGACUUACGUUUACAUUAAUACUUGCGUUUACAUUAGCACUUUAUGUAAGCCCAUCGCAGAAGUAACGUUAGCGCUUCUCAAUAUUUGUUGAAUGAGUUCUGCUAACUGGAGCAACAUGAGUGAUCAGGACUGCUUUGGGAUUCUGGACUCUGAGUUUGAUCAUUACCUAGUGGACAUGAAGCCAUAUGUGCUUAAGCUGAAUGACAAGACAGAGCGGCAGCAGUGUGCACUGUGGAUUAAAAAGUUGUGUGAUCCUGAGACCUGCGGCUCUGGACUGACUGGAAGGAAAAAUCGUAACAUGUACGCCCGACUCCUUCUGCACAUGCUCAGAAAAGGAGUUUUAGAGGGUCCCUUUACCCACAAACCUGAAGCAGGCAGCCUCAAGACUUUACCUACGUACAUGUCCAUUUAUUUUGAUGAGCCGUUGCUGGCAAAGUCACAGGAGCAGGGAUCUGCAGUGCUGCCGGACUGGGUGUCUGGGGAGUUGGGUCAGACUGAUGGCUCAUGGUCCACCUCACCCCUCUCAAACACACACAGGAAGAGGAAUUUGUUCAAUGAUAAGUCACCAACCAGACCCCUGUCCUCAUGUCCCAUCAAACGCGAUAUCAAGGAUGAUGUCAAGAUGGCGGAGGCACACAGGAGGCUGCCCAUCUCCUCUGAUGAUAGUGACUUUGAGGCUCGCUUCAACAGCUGGAACCUGGGGAUAGAAAACCCCAGAUAUCUGCGUGAGAACCCUAUCCCACUGUCUCCGAUUUACAACAAAUCAAGUCUUGGAAAAAACAGCACCCUUUAUGAUGAGGCCGCCCCAGUGAAAGCUGAUAAGGAGAGAAAGGCAGUGAUUUGAUAGAGAUGUCAUCAGUGUGACUGGGGAAGCUUUCUGGUGUUUAUCCAAACACUGAACAGUCACCCAGAUUUUGACUCUCAAAAUAGCUGGAAUCACAGAUUCAACCCGCAGUGUGGCGCUAAAACGUAGCAGACGUUUUGUGAAAAUAUUCCCUGAGGAAAUGUGUGAAACCAACGCUGGGCAAAGAAAAGACAGAACAGCUGCUCUCAUCUCCUUCACACGUCUUCAUCUCUCCUCCUCCCACCCUUCCAUCUCUCCUUCUGCUCUUCAAAAAGCUCCACGUCUCUGUGAGUUUAACGCGAGUAAAAGCACCAAUGUCAUUCGCUUCACUGAUUCCAGGGAAUCUGAAAACCCGGAGGUGUGCGCUCGCCCGCCGCACCUUUUCAGACAAGAGUUUCAGAACGCCACUGAUGUAGUUUGACAAACUUUUCUAAAAGCACCAAUUGAAACUUCAAAAAAAAAGACAAGAAAAGAAAA